UCAAAAAUAAAAAGAAUAUUAUUUUGUUUAUUAAAGAAAAUAAAAUGUCUCUUUUGAGGAAGGUCUUUUUAAACCAGGGUCAAAGACAAGGGGAAAUGUUUAUUCCCCCUCGGGGUGACCCUUACAGUCCCCCCUUUUGGAGGUCAUCACCUGUCCACGGUGAUGAGAUGCAACAAAAUUGGGAAAUCCAAAAUGUCUUUGAUCUUGAGUUAAUCCAACUGAUGAAUGGUCCGAAUGGCAUUCCAAACAGAGAACAUGGCAUAGAAAAAGUUCUCUUCUUGGAGGAGAAGAAAAUCUUGUGUUCAAAGUUCCACUGGACGACAAAGUAGUAAUCCAACAGAAGAAAAAUUCUUUGUAUGAUUCCUGUAAUGUCUGUUGGUAACUCCUUAGGGUAAAAACUUUAAAUCCAUUGAAAGACAGAGUCUGUAAACCACUGGAAGCAAAAGUUUAUAAUCCAGUAAGGAAAAAUUAUAAUCCACAAAGGUAAUUUCAUUGCAGUUGGGGCGGUUGAGCUGGAGUCAACCACAGAAGAUUUCUGGAACCCCGCUUUUCGAGAGUCGAUCUCUGGAAGACUGCAGAUGAGGUUGACAUCUCUGGCCCAAGGUGAAGCAAUCCAAAAAUACAUGUGAUGUUUUGACAAAAAGAGCAUUUAUGGUUUAUGCUACAAAUCAUAUUUCUUCCUCUACUUUCCACAAAUUGAUGCUGUUUUGUUCUCAAAUGUAAAAAAAAAAAAAGAAGAAGAAAAAGCCAGUCAACUCAGAUCAAAAUAUUUUCGAUGCACUGUGAAAUUUAAAAUAAAGUUAAUUGUUCAGUGCAGUUGAACAGUUUUUCUUAAACUAUAUUUGAAUAAGCAGGAAAAUCUUCAACAAAAAUGUUUCAAUUCUACUAAAACAUUUUUCUACACCUGACUGCAGCACACUUUUCAGUUUAUUCACGGCUGUUGGCACAUCUUUUUCUUGUCUCCAUUUGUCUUGUGAGCUGAAUGCAACGUGGCUAACGUUCGUUUCAAAUUAUCGCACUUGCGUUCGGGCGGGGACGAGUUAUGACCGAGCGAAGGGAGCGUCCGCCCCUGCAGCGGGGCGCCCCGCACAACAAAUCAAACGCAACCAUUUUGUUGAGCGUGCCUCUCGCUGAGGUACGUGAUCAUCCGGGUACUCCACACUAACUCUAAUCCAGGACUCGGAUUAGUUGAGAUAAAAAGCUACUUUCUCUCGUCUUUUGAGGUUGUUUCAACUCGGCGGUGGAUUUCUACUCAAGUCGCAGCAAACAUGUAAUCAAAAACCUCGAGUUUGAAGGAUUUAAAGCAUCAACAAAGGCCGCAAGAGCAUCAUGGUGGUCAACACCAUCCAUUGGUUCAGGAAGGGACUACGGCUGCAUGACAACCCGGCUCUGAGGGACUCUAUCCGGGGAGCAGACACUCUGCGCUGCAUCUACAUCCUGGACCCCUGGUUCGCAGGUUCCUCCAAUGUGGGCAUCAACAGAUGGAGGUUUUUGCUGCAGUGUUUAGAAGACCUGGAUGCAAGUCUGCGCAAACUCAACUCCCGUUUAUUUGUCAUCAAAGGCCAGCCUACAGACGUCUUCCCUCGUCUUUUCAAGGAAUGGCAGAUUACACGUUUGUCUUAUGAACAUGACUCCGAGCCGUUUGGUAAGGAGCGUGACGCUGCCAUCCAAAAACUUGCCAGUGAGGCCGGAGUAGAGGUGAUGGUUCGGACUUCACACACACUCUAUGAUCUGGACAAGAUAAUUGAACUGAAUGGCGGUCAGGCCCCCCUCACAUACAAGCGUUUCCUGGCGCUACUCAACCAAAUGGAUGCUGUGGAGCUCCCAGCAGAGACGAUCACAUCUGACGACAUUAAAAACUGCAUCGUUCCCAUCAAAGAGAACCAUGACAACAAGUUUGGAGUUCCUUCCCUGAAAGAGCUUGGUUUCGAGACAGAUGGUCUCGCCGGAGCGGUCUGGCCAGGUGGAGAAACGGAAGCCCUCAUGAGACUGGAGCGACAUCUGGAGAGAAAGGCAUGGGUGGCAAACUUUGAGCGUCCACGUAUGAACGCCAACUCCCUGCUGGCCAGUCCCACAGGCCUCAGCCCCUACCUCCGCUUUGGAUGUCUUUCCUGUCGCGUCUUCUACUUCAAACUUACAGAUCUGUACAGAAAGGUCAAGCAGGACAACACCCCACCACUGUCUCUGUACGGCCAGCUGCUGUGGAGGGAAUUCUUCUAUACCGCAGCCACCAACAACUCCAGCUUUGACAAGAUGGAGGGAAACCCUGUGUGUGUCCAGAUCCCCUGGGACCGAAACCCUGAGGUGCUGGCCAAGUGGGCGGAGGGACGGACAGGUUUCCCAUGGAUCGACGCCAUUAUGACCCAGCUGAGGCAGGAGGGGUGGGUCCAUCAUUUGGCUCGGCACGCUGUGGCUUGUUUCCUCACCAGGGGGGACCUCUGGAUCAGCUGGGAGGAAGGCAUGAAGGUUUUUGAAGAGUUGUUACUCGAUGCAGACUGGAGUGUCGGUGCUGGCAGCUGGAUGUGGCUCUCCUGCAGUUCAUUUUUCCAGCAGUUUUUUCACUGCUACUGCCCUGUGGGCUUUGGCCGACGCACAGACCCCAGCGGCGACUACAUACGGCGUUAUUUACCAGCGUUGAGGGCUUUYCCUGCCAAAUACAUCUAUGAACCUUGGACUGCCCCCCAGGAAGUGCAGAAUGCGUCCAGAUGUAUUAUUGGAACAGACUACCCCAAACCCAUGGUGAACCAUGCCAAGGUCAGCCGCAUCAACGUGGAGCGGAUGAAGCAGAUUUACCAGCAGCUUUCCUGCUGCAGAGGCCUGGGCAUGCUAGCAACAGUACCAGUAAGCCUCAACAGCAUUGUGGUUGCUGGUAAAGUCGGACGAGUCAACACCCAAACCAAAGGCUCAGGAAAGAAGAGAACAUCUCAAACAGGAAUAAGAAGAUUGACGCAAAAGCGCCAUCAUGAAGAGAAUGGACCUGAAAGCUGCUCUAAGUCCUUGAAGCUAGGCAAAUAGAGUGGCCAGUGUAGAAGAACUCUGUAGGUUUGCGUCAUGUCUAGUAUGUUCUGCAAACAACCUGUGAAGCCAUGCAGGAGAAGACAGCAAAACCCAGCCUGAUUGCUUUGUGGGUUAUUUACAAAGCAAAAAAAAUAAAUAAAUAAAAAUCAUGAAGUAGGACAUUGUUACUGUCAGUCACUGACAGCAGGAAACGUUUGCCAGACAMAGAAGAAAAUAAUGAAAUAUUGUCACAGAGGACUAAAGAUAUCUAGUUUACAAACUUGAUUUAUGUGUUUUUCACAAAAUCCUUUAACGCUGGACCCAAAAUGUUUUUUUCUCCACCACUGUUAUGCCUGUGAAGGGUCAGCGUGUGUACGGUGUCUGUGCGACUACCCAGCAGAAUGAGAUAUAUAUAUAUAUAUAUUUCAAAAAGGGCUUUAGUGUUAUAAAAAAAAGUCAGAUCUUAUUUUCCAUCACUAAAACACCCUCUUGUUGCUCGUACAUAAAGUGAAUCGUAGUUUGUCAUCUUUUUAGAUGUUUCUGAAUAACAGUCUUCAAUAGCUCAGUUAUAAACGACUUCAAAUGGUUGAAAAACAGAUUUUAAAACAUGUCUAUUGGAAUCCUGAUGGACRACAAGAUCCAGUGGUUUCAGYCAUCAGCAGCCCCCUGAUGCCUUGUGUAACUUAAAGUUUUUUGUUACUCUGAGAAAACAACAAACAUGAAGUUUCGCAGGCUUUGGGGUGUGGUGCCUCUCUGAUUGGAAUUCAUAGACAAACAGCUGCUUCCACCCUUAUGGACGUUUUUGACAUGUUUCUUAAUUUCUGCUUAACAACAGAUUUUAGUCAUUUUAUCAGUGUGAUUGGAAUCAGCCUAAUGUCUUCCACUGCUGUGUGUAAUUCCACUUAAAAUAAUCUUAUUUUGUCUAGUACAAUCUCAUAUCUCUGCUCAUUGGGCAUCAUUUAUUUGAAGUAAAACCACUAAAAUGGUAUCUGACAGUGCUGGUUGAGAGUCUUCGCCACCAUCCUACUAGGUGCUACUUGGUUUGCACGUCACACUACUGCUUUGCAUGUGCUGUACAUUGUCAUUACCAAAUACUCAGAAAUAGCUUUAUCUAAAUUACAGAUAAGAAGAAAAAAGCUAACAUGACGUGUUGCAAUCACUGUGAUAAAAUUACCAAGGGCUGUAAUCAAUCAAACCAGACUGUUACAUAAAUGUUUUUUAGAUAAUUAAGAAUUUUACAUCAAGUACUCCCCACUAGUUAUGCCAUCAUCUUCUGUAGUUAAGUGCACUCAAACUAAUAAUUUUAACUUAUAUGAUCUCUUACCUCAUAAUUCUGCAAAUAUUUAGACCUUGUAUAACGUGAUUAACAUGUCAAGCUAUAAGGGCAAACUAUUUUACCCUUAAAAUUGGUAUUAACAAACUAAUGGCUAUCAUUUAAGAAAACAUUUUAAUACUGAUACAUUUUCUAUUAGCUCAGUAACUUGCUUAGAGUAAUUAUAGCUUUCCUUAGCAAACUAGCGACGCUACUUAGCACCUACCAAGAUGGCGGCACAAACUCUCAGCUUGUUAAAGAUUGUGGUUGGCCAUUGGAUCUAACUUAGUCCUUCUUUUAACUCAGUCUAMUCAUCGGUCAUUAGAAACCCAUCAGAACUUGUUGAUAAUCUCAUUUCUUCAGCUUCAGCGCACAAAGUUGGAAAAAUGUUUUUCCUUCAGGGGUGAUGAAACCCUGAACAGGAAAAUGAAUGAAAUGCAGACCUACCUGAUCUUAAAAACACAACCCUUAAUGUUUUCUUAUAAACAACACGAUGUUUUGAAUGUAUUUGAGUUAUUUUGUUCAUGAAGCUAACAAAAUAAAUGUCUAAUGUACAGAAGAAAAAUAAUAGAAGCUAGUUGGUGUAGCAGGCUGUAAAACAUUUUGUAAGGAUUUUUAACUUUUGUAUAUUUGGUCAUGUGAUCCUACAUCUCUUUUUGUAAUGUUAUGAAAAAGUAAAAUUAUUGUUAUAAGCAUAUGUUAUUUUUUCUUUUGUCCUGUGCUCGUAAAUCUAUAUUUUGUAUAAUAAAUGACGAUGUUUUGAAUGUAUUGAAAAGACAAUAAAAGGCAGAAUAUCCUUGUGA